UUUGCUGUCUGCAGUGAGUCAUUGUCAAGAAGAUUUUGAUUCCGAAAAAAGAAAAAGAAAAUGGUGAAAAAGGAUAAUAUUUGCUGUGAGAAGAUAGAGUUGAAGAAAGGGACAUGGACUCGUGAAGAAGAUCAGAAGCUAUCAGCUUAUAUUCAAGAACAUGGCCAUGGAAGCUGGAAAACCCUAUCUGCAAAAGCUGGACUACAAAGAUGUGGAAAAAGCUGCAGACUGAGGUGGAUAAACUAUCUAAAGCCUGGUAUCAAGAGAGGGGAAUUCAGUUUGCAGGAAGAACAGACCAUUAUUCAACUUCAUGCAUUUCUUGGGAACAGGUGGGCAGUUAUAGCAACUUAUUUGCCAAAACGAACAGAUAAUGAAAUCAAGAACUACUGGAACUCACAUCUCAAGAAAAAGCUACACAAAAUGGGGAUUGAUCCUAUCACCCACAAGCCAAAAACUGAAACCUUUAGCUCCAAGAUCACUGCACACUUAGCUCAAUGGGAAAGCACCCGUCUCCAAGCCGAAGCAAGAUUAGUUCGUGAGUCAUCAAACCAACUCGUAUCCAACAACACUAACCAUAACAAUAACCUUAUCAAACCUCGAUCAAAAUGCCUUGAUAUACUCAAAGCAUGGCAGCAAAUAGUCUCCGACGUAUUCGAGUCGUCACCUACAUCGAGCUUGCCACCUAUCGACGUUCAUGACCGGUCAUUCACCGGAGUUCUUGAAGCUGCUAACACCGAAAAUUACAAGGAUGAAAGUACUCCAAUGGAAUUGCAUGAAAUAAAUAAUAAUGCAUGGUUUGUGGAUAACUUUAGGGCAGCAGAUAUUAUUAUGGAGGAAUGCUCAGAUGGAUUCGCUUAUGAUUCGGAGAAUUCGAAAUCGGUUAUGGUCGGAGAAAUGGUUGAAGAGAAGAGAGAUUAUUGGAAUGGUUUACUGAAUUUCUUUGAUGUUUCAUCUCAGGGUUCUGCAAGAAAUUGUUAUUUGUGAAACUCUCAGCGUAUAAAAUAUGGUUAAACUGUUUUUUUUUUCUUGUUAAUAUGCUAAUGGGGCUAAG